AUGGAACGUACAUAUCAAUAUGCAUGGAUCAUACCCUUCCUUACGCUUGCAGUUCCUAUUUUGAUAGGAUUGGGACUCCUGCUUGUUCCCCCGGCAACAAAAAGUAUUCGUCGGAUAUGGGCUUUUCCCAGUGUUUUAUUGUUAAGUAUAGUUAUGGUUUUUUCUACCAAUUUGUCUAUUCAGCAAAUAAAUGGUAAUUCGAUUUAUCAAUAUCUAUGGUCCUGGACCAUCAAUAGUGAUUCUUCCUUAGAGUUCGGCUAUUUGAUCGAUUCACUUACUUCUAUUAUGUCAAUAUUAAUUGCUACUGUUGGAAUGAUGGUUCUUAUCUAUAGUGAUAAUUAUAUGUCUCAUGAUAAGGGAUAUUUAAGAUUUUUUGCUUAUAUGAGUUUUUUCAAUACUUCAAUGUUGGGGUUAGUUAUUAGUCCCAAUUUGAUACAAAUCUAUAUUUUCUGGGAACUUGUGGGAAUGUGUUCGUAUCUAUCAAUAGGUUUUUGGUUUACUCGACCAAGUGCAGCAAAUGCUUGUCAAAAAGCGUUUGUAACUAAUCGUGUAGGGGAUUUUGGUUUAUUAUUAGGAAUCUUAGGUCUUUAUUGGAUAGCGGGUAGUUUCGAAUUUCGGGAUUUGUUUGAUAUAUUCAAUGAUUCAAUCGAUAAUAUCGAUAAUAAUGUGUUGAAUUCCUCUUUUGCUAUUCUGUGCGCCUCCUUAUUAUUCCUGGGUGCAGUUGCUAAAUCCGCACAAUUCCCCCUUCAUGUAUGGUUACCUGAUGCCAUGGAGGGACCAACUCCUAUUUCGGCUCUUAUACAUGCUGCUACUAUGGUAGCAGCAGGAAUUUUUCUUGUAGCUCGGCUUCUUCCUCUUUUGACAGUUAUACCCUACAUAAUGAAUCUUAUUUCUUUGAUAGGUGUAAUAACAGUACUAUUAGGAGCCACUUUGGCUCUUGCUCAAAAGGACAUUAAAAGAAGUUUAGCUUAUUCUACGAUGUCUCAACUGGGUUAUAUUAUGUUGGCUUCAGGUAUAGGUUCUUAUCGAGCCGCUUUAUUCCAUUCAAUCACUCAUGCCUAUUCGAAAGCAUUAUUGUUUUUAGGAUCUGGAUCAAUUAUUCAUUCUAUGGAACCUAUUCUUGGGUAUUCUCCAGAUAAAAGCCAGAACAUGGUUUUUAUGGGUGGUUUAAGUAAAUAUGUGCCGAUAACAAAGGCUACUUUUUUGUUAGGUACGCUCUCCCUUUGUGGUAUUCCACCCCUUGCUUGUUUCUGGUCCAAAGAUGAAAUUCUUAAUAAUAGUUGGUUGUAUUCGCCAAUUUUCGCGAUAAUAGCUUCUUCUACAACAGGAUUAACUGCAUUUUAUAUGUUUCGUAUGUAUUUACUUACUUUUGAAGGGCAUUUACGCGUUCAUUUUAAAGGUGAUACAAAUAGUUCCUUGUAUUCAAUAUCUAUAUGGGGGAAAGAAGGACCAGAAGUUUUUAGCAGAAAUUUGAUUUUAUUAUCAAUGAAUAAUAAUCAAAAUGAAAAAGUUUCUUCUUUUUUGAAUAAGAAUAAGAUAUAUCAGAUUGAUAGAGAUGUAAUAAAAAUGCGAUCCUUUAGCACUCAUUUUGUCAAAAAAGAAACCUUUCCCUAUCCCCACGAAUCGGACAAUACUAUGUUAUUCCCCUUACUUUUAUUGGCCAUAUUGACUUUGUUCGUUGGGUCCGUAGGAAUUCGUUUCGGUCAAGGAGUAACGGACUUUGACGUGUUAUCAAAAUGGUUAAUUCCAUCAAUAUCAAUGGACCUUUUUCAUGAGUAUUUGAAUCCUUCGGCGGAUUGGUAUGAAUUUGCACAAAAUGCAAUUUAUUCAGUCAGUAUAGCCUUUUUUGGAAUAUUAAUAGCCAAUCUUUUAUAUGGGUCUGUUCAUUCAUCUUUCCAGAAUUUGGACUUAAUCAACUCAUUUGCAAAGAUAUAUACUAAGAUAAGAAUCUUUUCGGACCAAGCACUAAAUGUCAUAUACAAUUGGUCAUAUAAUCGCGGUUACAUAGAUCUUUAUUAUGCAACAAUCUUAACUAGAGGUAUACGAGGAUUAGCUGAAUCCACUCAUUUUUUUGAUCAACGGAUAAUUGAUGGAGUCACGAAUGCAGUUGGUAUUACAAAUUUCUUUGUAGGAGAAGCGAUCAAAUAUAUGGCGGGUGGAAGAAUCUCUUCUUACCUCUUUUUUUCGUUAUCCUCUUUAUCAAUAGCCCUUAUUUUAGUAUAUUUUUAUUUGUAUUUUUGA